AUGGCCGAAAAGACGUUGAUGAGAAGUUAUACAAGAAGUUUUAAUGGAUUCGCUGCUAAUCUUACUCCAUAUGAAGCCUCAAAAUUGAAAAACAUGAAAGGAGUUGUCUUAGUUUUUGAAAGUCACAAGCUCAAACUUCAGACAACGAGAUCUUGGGACUACAUUGGAUUAUCCUUAGAUGUUAGUCGAAAUCUAACAAUGGAGAGUGAUAUUAUAAUUGGCCACAUUGACACGGGUGUACGACCUAAUAGUGACAGUUUAUCUGACCAUGGCUUAGGAAAUGUUCCUAAGAAAUGGAAAGGUGUUUGUAAUGGUGGCAAAAACUUCACUUGUAACAAAAAGUUGAUUGGGGCGAGGUACUACAUAGGAGACUCGGCAAUAGACGAUUCAGUAGAUUCUCAUGGAACCCACACAGUCUCCACCGCGGUUGGAAGAGUUGUAAAAAAUGCAAAUUUUUUUGGCAUAGGAAACGGGACCGCUAGAGGAGGCGUCCCAUCGGCAAGGAUAGCUACUUAUAAAGCUUGUGAUAUGGAAUGCGAUGAUAAAGAUAUAUUGGCUGCCUUUGAUGAUGCCAUUGCCGACAAUGUUGAUAUUAUCACCGUCUCAAUUGGACCUGAAAUCCCGGUUAACAUCAGCGAAGAUAUUGUUGCCAUUGGCUCCUUUCAUGCAAUGAAGAAGGAUAUUUUAACUGUACAAGGCGCGGGAAACACACGCAAUAACUUGUUAAAAUCAGUUGUAAGCACUGUACCAUGGAUAUUCUCGGUGGGUGCCAGUAGUAUUGACAGAAACAUAAUCAAUAAGGUUGUUCUUAAAAAUGGACGUACACUCAUUAGUAAUACUGUGAAUCCUUUUACUACAAGCAAGCAUAACAAGAAACUAGUAUAUGGAAGAGAGAUCACCAAUCAUUGUAACGAAUCAAGUGCAAUGCGAUGUAUGAAUAGUUGUAUAGACCCUAGCUUGGUGAAAGGAAAGAUCAUAGUAUGCAAUGUUGACGAGUUCGGGCUAUUAGCACUUGAAACGGGUUUGAAUGCAAGUGGUCUUAUUAUGCGAAUGUCUAACCAAUCUAAAGAUGUAUCUAAAAUUGUACUUUUACCUACAGCGUACUUGAGUAACCAUGAUUUUCAUUAUAUUGAAUCUUACCUCAAGUCUAAAUCAUUUCCCUCCGCACGCAUACUAAAGAGUAAGACUAUUCGUAAUGAUGGUCAUGUCUUAGGUUCUUUUUCAAGCAUUGGGCCUAAUACGAAAUUGCCAGAAAUUUUAAAGCCGGAUAUAACUGCACCGGGCUUAAAUAUACUAGCAGAAAGUCCUUCAGAAAAAAAUGCCUUUUUAGACAUACCGGGUGCAAAGUAUAACUUUCGUUCUGGAACAUCCAUGGCGUGUCCUCAUGUUACCGGUGUGGUUGCUUAUGUGAAAUCAAAACAUCCUGAUUGGUCUAUUUCAGCUAUCAAAUCAUCUCUUAUGACUACAGCUCGAACCAUGAAUACAAAGUACAAUAAAAAUGUUGUAUUUGGUCAUGGAGCAGGAUUUAUUGAUCCAAUAAAAGCAACACAUCCUGGGCUCGUGUAUGAGACAUUUUUAGACGAAUAUAUGAAUAUGUUUUGCAAUCUAGGAUUAGAAGGAGUCAAGUUGAGGGAGAUGUUAGGAACAAAAGAGAAGUGUCCAAAAGGAAUUAAAAUGUCAACAAAGGAUCUCAAUUACCCAACAAUGACAGCUCCCGUGCACACUAACUCGUCCUUCAAGAUUCAAUUCUCAAGAGUUGUUACAAAUGUUGGACAUGCAAACUCAAUUUAUCACGCACGUGUAAGUACUGGAGAUAACACAAUAUACGUUGACGUCGAGCCAAACAUCCUCUCUUUUGUUAGUCUUAAGGAGAGAAAGAAAUUUGUGGUAACAGUUAGUGGACAUUGGCUCAAUCAAGAUCAUGUUUCUUGUUCCUUAGAUUGGUUUGAUGGUAUUCAUACAGUCAAAAGUCCAAUUCUUUUAUAUCGAUCAUCUAUUAUAUGA